AUGGAUCCGGGCGCGGGCCCGCGGAUCGGGUCGGAGCAGGCGCGGGCCCGGGCGAGGUCGGCGGAAUCCGGCGAGCUCCGAGGCGGCGGAGGUCCGGUCCGCCGCAGGGGAUGGCGGAUCCGGCCGGCGGGGUCCUUCCCCGGCCGUGAUCUCGCCGGCGGCGAGCGAGGUGAAGGGGCGGCGACACCCGGGCGAGGGCGGGCUACAGGCGGCGGGACGGGAGGCGGGCGGCGCGCUCGGGCGCGGCGCCGGGCGGAGAUGCGGGGAAGCGCCGGCGACGGGCGGCGGGGCGGCGACCGGAGGACGGCGGCGCGCUCCGGUGGGGUUGAGGCGGCGGCAGACGACGAACGGGCGGCGGCGAGCGGAGGCGGGGCGCGGGAGGCGCGCGGGCCGGCGGCGGCGAGAGAAGGCAGAGGCCACGUGGGGCGAUGCCACUGGCUUCGGGCGGCGGCGGGCUGA